AUGUUUUCUCCGUCGGAAGAGUCGCUGGAUGUUUAUAUACCGUCGUUCCCUGGGUCACCGCGGUCGCUGGACUAUGCCUCCGAGACGUCCUUUGUGGACCUCGUGACCUUUGCACUCGCCAGGGACUUCCUCCACGAAGACAAGGUGCUACUCGAGGCGGCAGAGGCUGGCGACGAUAUCUUAAUUGAUUCUCUAAUACGUAAAGGUGUAAAUGUCCAGCAAGUGGACCACCUGGGCCGCAACGCGCUCCACCUGGCCGUGAUAUCCGGCAACGAGCGAGCCAUCACACUGCUGCUGGAGGCCGGUAUCGCCACUACCAUCAAAGACAACGUCGGCAUGACGCCGCUCUCGCUCUGCCUUAUGAGAAAGUAUGUCUCUAGUUUGUAUAUCAUAGAAGAACGAGAAGAAUACAUGAAAUUCAUCAUGAUGUGUACGCCUACAGCGGAAGAAGAGAAAAUUAUAUAUCUUUUAAUAGAAAAGGGGGCACAAGUAAACGAUAUGGAAGCCCCCGGUCAACGUCAAGCCCUGCACUUUGCAGCCAUGAGCAACAACUGUGAACUAGUCCGCAUCCUUUUCCACUUAGGUGCAAAUCCAAAAUUGUUGAACCACAGAAACGAAACUCCUUAUGAAGUUGCUAAAAUUUACAAAUGCAAAGAAGUCGCCGCCCUGAUAGCUAAAUUGACUUAUGAAUCGGGCUUGGCCACUUCGGGGGAAGUUACCGCAAACACGGCAAAACCAACAGACGAAAACAAACAAUCGACAGACAAAGAAAAAACAGGAAACACUACUUCGACGGAAUUCACAGUGGAACCGUCUACACAGAAUGUAAAUAAAAUGGAGAAGAAAUGA